UUGGACUUAACAACCCUACCUGGAAUACCAGGAGAUCUCCAGCUACUGCCUUGUUUAGGGGGUGACCACUGGAGGAAGGCUCUUUCCCUUUUGGAAAGGGAGUUCCAGCAGGUGCAGAUGCCCCCCCCCCCCAGCUCUUCCAAAUACCGAAAGCCCAACGCCAUUCGCCAGCUCUGGGUGCUCUCCUGUUGUUCCUGCUGGUAGUUUCUCUUCCACCCCCACCCAGCGGUUGUGUGCCAACCAACCAGGGGGAAAAACACCACUUUCUGGCCGGCUUCCCUGCCUUUAAGAGCGGGCUUGGUAUGCAGGGAACAGCAGGUGAGGCGUUCGGCUGCUUGCAGGAGCGCGGCCUGCUGCUCGGGAAGCCGGAGAAGCGUCUUGCAGGUAAAACCCAGAUGUUCAACAUCAAGUAUUUCAGAAGUUCUUCAUCCUAGCGCUGGAUUUCCCCGGCUGAGGACCUAGCAGGAACAUUGUGGAAGCAGCUGCUGGUUCGAAAAGGUGACCAGCUUCCUUGGGAGGCGGGGGAGCCCUUCAAGACCUCUCCGCUUCCCCCUCUCCUGGUUGGGGAGGAGGACAAUGGCUGGAUCUGGCCAGCUGGCGUUCCUGGUUACCAUCUCUCUCCAGUCCCUCGUCUCCUCUGUUCUGGGUGAAGACAACAGCACGACGGCCUCUCCUCCAUAUCACAUCUCGAGCUCAGAGCUCGCAGCGGCCAUCGCCGUGCCGACCGUCUUUUGCGGCCUCCUCUUGAUCGGCCUGUUGGUCUUCAUGGGACUCAAAAUCCGGGAGAAGCGCCAGACGGAGGGCACCUACCGGCCCAGCAGCGAGGAGCAGGUGGGUGCCCGGGUGGCGACGAACGCCAAUCUCAAGCUGCCGCCGGAAGAGCGACUCAUCUGAAGCAGGGAAAGGGGGCGCUGCUCUCGGGUGCUAACCGGCAGGGAGCCGCUGGGGACAUCACAGUGACACGAACCUGCCGCUUCUCAGGCCCACCGUUGCCAGGGUGGCUCUAAGCCCCCGAAACUGGCUGGCUGCGACGUCGGAUUCUCGUUUCUGCCUGCUUGCGGGACAGAGACAGGUUGCUGGUGCCAAUUGCCUGGUGCUGGGUUCUCCUUCCUUUCUGCAUUGGGGGAGGGGGGAAGAAGAACUCUCCUCCUUGCCAGCAGGGCUGCCGCUGGAGCCAACACCAGUUGCUGUCGCAGGCGUCCAGGGAAAGGACACGGGGAUUUCUGUGGUUUCCGGAGGCUUGCCUUGCCUCUUGUGGUCUGGAGCACGUGGCGGGAGGGGGGACGUUGGAGUUGUGUAUUUAAUUUUUUUUUUAAAACCGAGUGUAUUGCACUGUGCCUUGAAGUGUGCCACUAUUUAAUAAAAAAAAGAAAAUGCA